GAAAGACUGAGACUACGUCGUUUUUUGCGCCCGCGCAAGUUUUUCUCUAAAGCCAUGCCUUCACCUUUUCUUCCCCUCUCUGGAUUCUUCUGAAAUUCUAGGGUUUAUGCUUCUGUUCUCUCUACCCUUCCUCAGCAAUCACACAGGAGAAUGGGAAAUCAGAAGCAAAAGUGGACACAGGAAGAAGAAGACGCACUGCUGGCCGGAAUAGCGAAGCACGGGCCUGGAAAGUGGAAGAACAUAAUCAGAGAUCCCGAAUUUGCAUCGAUCCUCACUCACCGCUCCAACAUUGACCUCAAGGAUAAGUGGCGGAAUUUGAGUGUUUCUGCAGGGCAGUGUUCUAAAGACAAAGAAAGGGUGCUAAAAGCUCUGUCUGCCCCACACUCCUCCACUUUGAAUUCUCCUGCUGCUCCUGCUAAUGAUGAAUCUUCUGAUGCUGUCAUGGAUGAUGCCCCUGAAAGCACGGUGGAUGCAAAAAGUGCUCCACGGUAUAAUGCAAUGAUUUUUGAAGCUCUUUCAACCAUGAAAGAUACAAAGGGUUCUGAUCUUAGUGCCAUUGUUCACUUUAUUGAGCAGAGACAUGAGGUGCCUAGGAAUUUUAGAAGGUUAUUAAGUUCAAGGCUGAGAAGGCUUGUUUUGCAAGGCAAAAUUGAAAAGGUCCAAAAUUUUUAUAAGGUCAGAAAUGGUACCUCACCCGUAAAAAGGAUACCUACCACGAAACAAAAGAACAAUAGGCCUCGACCUUCACAAAACUAUGGGGUGGCAUCUGCUGAGGCCGUGGAGGAAGCAGCUCUUACUGCUGCUUACAAAGUUGUUGAGGCAGAAAACAAAUACAUCAUAGCCUAUGAUGCAGUCAAGGAAGCAGAAAGAGUCGCAAAGAUGACAGAAGACACCGUGUUGUUGCUAGAGUUAGCAAAAGAGAUUAAAGAACAAUGUUCACGAGGAGAAAUUGUUCUCUUAGCCUAAGCCAUUGAAAUUGUGCUGUAUUUUUGUACAAUUGGGAAUCUGAAUAUAAAUCCUUUAAUCCAAUCUAACAAUCUUAUCCAUUCUGAAAAGUAGAAACAAAGGUAUUAUUCCUGAACAUGAGUAUUCUUACUGUUGGGUUCUUUAAUCAAGUUAUUCCUGUUUCAUAAUAAGUAGUUCUGUCCUUAAUGACUUUGACUGGUAUAGUUUAUUCCUGAUCUCAGGUCCAUCUCUAUGAGAAUCUGAUGCAGAUGGGAAGCUAGAAUAUGUCUAUAAGUUCAAUUAUGAUGGUUGUGGGUUUUAUCUGUAUUUUAUAACAUGCGCAUAUAUGUAAUUUUAUAUUCUCUAGCAAUAGUCCUUAGUUUAGUUGGUUUAAGUCUUCGAUUUGGGUCCUAUGAAAGUUACUUGUCUUUAGUCUUUAUGUUAUUCUUUAGUUAAAGAGUCUUUAAUGAGCUUUCUAUUAGGAAAUAUUGUUUUAGUAGAAUUAGAAGUUCUACUCUUCACUCUUGUUAGCUUUAGGAAUUUUUAUAAACCGAUCACUCAAUAGUCUCCAUAGACGAUGAAUAUGAUUUGAUAAUACUGAGUAUUCGGUAUUUUGAGGCAUGCGUGCCUAGAUUGUUCUUUGUCUCUUUUCUUCUUUCGUUCUCUCUUCUUUCUUUAUUGCUACCGUAAACUCGGAUUUCUAGUCACAGCACUAUUCUCAGCAUCUAAAAUCCCUUAUUUCCAUAUCCUUAAACAUCCUAAUUCCUUCUAAAUUCCUUUCCAAACCCUAAACUCGUCUAAAGACAAUUGUAGGGCAUAUUUCUAUAUCUGUCCUACAUCAGAAUCUCUUGAAUGGAUGUGAAAUGAUGGCAUCACAGUUCGUUUACAACCUCUAAUUCCCACACUGGGAAUUCAGAACCUGAACUGUUGUGAAUAUGCUGUGAAGUUUUGUCUUCCAUCUGAUUGCCAAUUUUUUCUGUUUCGUUACUAUUGGCUUCUCUUGCUCUUUAUAUGCCAAAUCAGGCACCACAUUCCAUGAGUACUUCAUUUGAGAUCCUAGCUGGAGCUGAACCAUAUCAAGAAAACAUGGCUGCUGCUCAUAAGAUUGCCCAUGGUGCUGUACAUGGCUCAAGUGUUGGGAAAGAAAUAUCUUACGAGUAAACUCUCUACCUUAUUGCCAGAGGGUUCUGGAAAAUGCACCACCGGAAUAACCAAAGGCGAGUCAGGGAGCUUGAGAAAGGUGAGAUCAGUGUUAUGGUGGAAGUUGAGUAGGGUGUUAUAUCGUCCUCUCAAGAAAGGUGAGAUCACUGUUUUGAUGAAGAUGUGUUGGUGCUGGAAGAAAUUCAGUGUUUUCAACUUGUAUUCAUAGACAUUUUAUGAGAUUCCCCCAAAGGGUCAUUAAUUAAUGUGUGAGUAUAUUACCAUGUA